UUUAGCGUGUUUCUUGGUGGAGGAUCUGAGGGCAUCUUCCCCCGCUGAUCUCAGACGGUCCCUGCGUCUCACAUUCCCGCCGACGCGGCAGAGCUUCUGGUCACAUUGUGGUUGAUUACGGUUGUCGACGUCACAACGGCUGCAGCGACGUGUCGAUGCUUCAUUAACAAGGUUGCAGAGUCUCCCGAUAACUUCACCCAACGGGCCGACAAAGCCUCUCAUCCGGGGAACCGUUGGACCCGGUCGGAAGAGCUCCGUUUAUGACCCGAUGCGAAGCGGAUGAACGUGGCGCUCGAGCCAUGCAAAGGGCAGGCGGAGCGUUGAUUGGCUGCAGCUGAUGAACGAGCGGGCUGUCGACCAAUCAGGAGGCGGUGCGCGGUGAAUAACCAUGACGAGUACCAGACGGCGGCCGAUUGGCUGAGGACUCACACCCGGCACCGCCCCGAGGUGGCGAUCAUCUGCGGGUCGGGACUGGGGAUGCUCGCCGACACCCUCGGGUGUCAGGAAUCCUUCGCUUAUUCUGACGUACCGGGCUUCCCACAGAGCACAGUGCAGGGUCAUGCAGGUCGGCUGGUUUUUGGGGUGCUGAAGGGGAAGAUGUGUGUAUGCAUGCAGGGUCGCUUCCACAUGUAUGAAGGACACACACUCAGCAAGACGACGUUUCCAGUGCGAGUCUUCAAGCUGUUGGGGGUGAAGACUCUGAUCGUGACGAACGCUGCCGGCUCAUUGGCCGACGGCCUCCAGCCCGGUGACAUCAUGAUCAUCAAGGACCACAUCAACUUCCCCGGAUUCGUCGGUCUGAACCCGCUGAUCGGACCGAACGAUGACAAGUUCGGGCCUCGUUUUCCGGCCAUGUCAAAUUGCUACGACAAAGAGCUGCGUUGCUUAGCAACGGAGAUCGGCAAGCAGCUGGAGAUUACCGGCCUGAUGCGAGAGGGCGUGUACGCCAUGGUGGGGGGGCCCAACUUUGAAUCCAUCGCUGAGGCCAGACUGCUGCAUCGACUCGGCGUAGACGCUGUCGGUAUGAGUACGGCUCCGGAGGUCGUCGUGGCAACCCACUGCGGCCUGAGAGUGUUCGGACUCUCUCUGAUCACAAACAAGGUGGUGAAGACCUACGAGGACUCGGACAGCGUGAACCACGAGGGCGUCCUGGAAGUCAGCCGGCUGCGUUCUGUGACUGUGCAGCAGUUAGUGACCGAGCUGAUCGGAAAGAUGGAUAUCAAUAACAACGGCCCCAACGACGCUGGAACAAAGUUCUGAAAACACACACUGUGCAUUGAUUGAUUUAUUGAUUGAUUUAUUUUUUACAACAUUUUCUUUGCUUAUUUAGUCGUUAUUUUUUGGAACCCAAAUAUUUCCCCCAUCUGGGUAAAUUUGAGUGUUAAUAUUGGAUAUUGAUCCUACAGAUUAAUGUAAUGGUCACCUUUUUUAUCUGAUUUGUAUUUAUCUGAAUAAAAAAUAUAUGACAAUGUAAAAAUGA